AUGGUGCACAUAAAUGUCCUGGCAGAUUCUCUCAAGAGCAUUAACAAUGCCAAAAAGAGAGGCAAACACCAGAUUUUUAUCAGGCCAUGCUCCAAAGUCGUUGUCUGGUUUCUAACUGUGAUGAUAAAGCAUGGUUACAUUGCUGAUUUUGAAAUCGUUGAUGAUCACAUUGCUGGGAAAACUGUUGGGAACUUCAUGGACGGGUUAAACUGUGGAGUUAUCAGCCCCAGAUUUGAUGUACAACUCAAAGAUGUAGAAAAAUGGCAGAAUAAUCUGCUCCUAUAUUGCCAGUUUAGUUUCAUUGUACUAAUCUCAUCUGGCAUCAUGGACCAUGAAGAAGGAAGAUGAAAACACACAGGAGGGAAAGUCCUGGGAAUUUUUUUUCUAGGAAUAUAAUACAUAUGUGCAAAUAA